CAUUGCCUCUGUUGAUUGGACGCCCUUACUUUCUGCGUGUCGCACCUAAAAUGGACCGACAGGGUAUAUAAUAAAAAAAUGUUUUCUUCUCAUCUGCUGAUCAGAUCAUUACAUAGUUCAUGCCAGUUUUGGAAGAAGUUCCCACAGUCUUUGAAAGGCAAGUCUGUGGUAGAGCAGCGCUGGUUGGUGAGACAGCUAAAUGACCCUUUUGUGAAAGAAGCUAAAGUGAAAAACUAUCGCUGCCGCAGUGCUUUCAAACUACUCGAGAUUCAUGAAAAAUAUAAAAUCCUUCAGCCUGGACUGCGCGUGAUAGACUGUGGUGCAGCACCAGGAGCGUGGAGCCAAGUUGCAGUUGAGAAGGUUAAUUCUGACAAAGCAGAUCUGAAAGCCCCUGUUGGUUUUGUAGUUGGAGUUGACCUUCUGCAAAUUACUCCACUAGAGGGAGCCCAAUUUUUGUCAAAUACAGAUGUCACCAACUCAACAACCAUAAACAAACUCUGUGACCUUCUUCCUUUGCAAAGAGCAGAUGUCAUCCUAAGCGACAUGGCUCCUAAUGCCAGUGGAGUAAAAGAGAUGGACCAUGAGAAACUUAUCUCCAUGUGCAUGUCUGUGCUUGACCUUGCCCAUAAAGUACUACAGCCUGGAGGCACCUUUUUAUGUAAAUAUUGGGAUGGGUGGCAAGCGCCACUUCUUAAAGCUCAGCUGACCAAGUAUUUUCAGCAUGUGAAGACUGUUAAACCACAGGCAAGCAGGAAAGAUUCAGCAGAAGUGUUUUUCCUUGCAUUACGUUAUAAAAUAAAAUAAUUUUCUGUUGUAUAUCUGUCAUUGCUGUUUGGA